GUACAAUAUUGAAUAAGUAAAUAAGUAUCGUUGAUGGUGGGAAUAUAAUCUUGAUCCAUUCGUGGAAUGACGUUUUCCCGUUAUACAGAACUCAGUAUCACGUUUUCGUGGACAUGAAUUAAAGUGUAAGAAGUAGGUAAACUUGCGAAGCGAAGGUGGUAGCAUGAGAAAACGGAUAUCUGGCACUUCCGUUACAUUUUAUUUGUGUGUCGUCGUGAAAAGUAAAAAAGUAAAAAUAAAGAUAUGCGAGCAUUAUUGCCUAAAAUAUAGAGAGGACGAGGGAUAUUUAUUACUGGAAAAGUGAACUAGGCGGUCCUGGAAUGUAAUCUCAUUGCCUUCCUCAGGAUACUUUAAUUGGGACCAUUGUGGAAGGCAGCAAAUAAAUAUCAGUUCUCAAAAUUGAAUCGUCAACAGCAACCCAGUACGUUCUGUCUUAUUCCAUUGACUCAGGCUUACGCAAAGGCCUCAGGAUAGUACCACCGGGAAGUACGAUGUCAGAUGGGAUCGGGAGUGGUGGUGGGGAAAACGAGGUAGACUCUCGUUCCUCUUCGCGAAUCGAGGUCGGAGAGUCGUCAAAUCAUAGGGAAGACGAAAGCUUAGAUCCAGACAAUGAAGGAGCCCUUAACACAAACUACGACAGUGGAGAUGGAGCGGUUCCAAUAUUUCGGUGCGACCGCUGUGAUAACUACGAAACAAUAAAUAAAACUGCAUUUUGUGCGCAUCAGGACCAGUGCAUGUUAAGUGGUGAGGCAGGAGAAAGUGCGGAAGGUAUCGAGGGGAAUGAGAAUGACGGGGAUGGAGAAGAAGGACACUCAGGCCACAGAACGCAUCGUAAGCUCUUUGAGUGCGAUGUUUGCAACAUGAAAUUUUCCAAUGGUGCUAACAUGAGACGGCACAAGAUGAGACACACUGGGGUGAAACCUUACGAGUGUCGAGUGUGCCAAAAGAGAUUCUUUCGGAAAGAUCACCUUGCUGAACAUUUCACAACGCAUUCUAAAACACUGCCCUACCACUGUCCAAUAUGCAACAGAGGCUUUCAACGACAAAUUGCGAUGCGAGCCCACUUUCAAAACGAACAUGUAGGCCAGCAUGACAUGGUGAAAUCCUGUCCACUUUGCAGUUACCGAGCUGCUACGAUGAAGUGUCUUAGGCUACAUUUUUUCAAUAGACAUGGAAUCGACCUCGAUAAUCCUGGACCAAACAGCUCCACAUCUCUAAUGAAUAGUUGUACACCCGGAGAGGCUAUACCUUCUGCACCUUUAUCUGACAGCGGAGAUAGUACGGGAAAUAGAUCAGCAGACAACGCAACGCCACCAAUGCAUUUUCUUACUCCUCAUGUGGAAAUAUCCAUCCCUUAUCAAGAACACACGUCGAAUCAACGCAACCCAAGUCCUGCCCCAUUGAAUGGGGAUAGUCCAAACAGUCCGCAGAGUGCGGACAGUAACAGUAAUGCUCCAAGCAGUAGCCAUCAUCAGAUUACAGUCAACAGCAGCGCUGUGCACAGGAGUGUCGGUGGCUGCGAAGAUUCUAUUACUCCAUCGAUUUCUUUGAUUCCUAUCAAGCAAGAGCCAAACAGUAAUGGAACAGAAGAUUCAGGGGCAACUUCGAGUAAUCUUCCUUUGCCAUCUUUAAUAAAAGUCUCUCCGUUAAAGUCAUUGCUCAGGGAUGAUCUUCGUAGAAAAUUAUCAUCCAAUACAAGUGUGAGCAAUUCAAGUGGUAACUUACAUUCACGAGGUGAGCCACCUACAUCAACAAGGCCAGAUCCGCGAAGCAGUGGAUUGCAAUGUACGCAUUGUAGAAUAACAUUUCCUGACCAAACGUUAUAUUUUCUCCACAAGGGUUGCCAUAGCGAUAGUAAUCCAUGGAAGUGUAACAUAUGUGGAGAACAAUGUUGCAAUUUGUACCAAUUCAAUUCGCAUUUGCUGAGCAAAAGCCACCAGUAAAGUGAAAAAACAAACAAACGUUAGCAGCAGGAAUGUGACGUUAAUAUUAAAGAUUAAUUCGCCCACAACGUUAGUGUAUAUGUUGUGGCCCAUUUACCAAGUCAAGUACGUUGGUGAAAUGGAAGCGUAAUGAUAGCGAUCUAUGUUUUUCAUUUACCAAGUUGGAAGUCUUUUUGGUAAAGUAAACGAAAGAGUAAAUGACGUUAAUUAAUCGCGAUAUCUACAUCUAGAAAUGCAUAUAUACUCGAGUAUAGUGGGAGGUAGGACGGUAGAUAUGUGAAAAAAUACUUUGGACACAAUCGAAACAGAAGUUUGUUGCAAUAAUUUAUUACUAUUGAACUUGUACGAUAAAGUACAUAAAAAUAUAGAUAUACUUAUAUAAUAUUGACGUGUGUGUGAUAUAAAGAGGCUUUGAAGACAUAGUACAAAAUAUUUGUAUCGCUAUCAGAAAGGCAAUUCACUGGGACCAUCUGUAACUUCUCUGUACUCGAGUGACGUUAUUAGCUUGACUGUACAUAAAAGAGAUAUAUAAAUUCUGUUUUUGGAGCAUAAUUAGGAGCUUAACUCAUUUCGAAUUAAGUCAGAAUCACUGCGUUCAUUUGAUCAUUGCUCUGAUAGAAGUUACCUAUUUAGGUUUUAUCAGCGUUUUACAAACCAAAUAGUUAAGUGGAACGUCCCGCAUAUAUUCCGGCUCUUCUUCUCACUGUACUCUAAGACAAGUUCCCAUAUUUAUGAAAAAUAUCAUAUCCGGACACGUUCGUGCCUUCGAAAGAAUUAAAAAAUUCAGUCCGUUGUGCUGUCACCAAGUGAACUAUCCGUCCAUAGGGCUUAAAAAAAAUAUAAAUAAAUAUAUAUGUAUAUAUAUAUCUAUAUAUAUAUAUAUAUUCCAAGCUCUAUUCAUAGAUUUAACGUAGUUAGGUAAUCACUUCAGUAGAUUGGACUUAAUUUUAAAUACCUAAUUUCUAAUUCAAACAAAGUAUUCGUCUGCAAGACAAUUUCUCAACAAUUACAGGUAACUCGUACAUGAUUAUUUCGUAACUUGACAAGCUGAAAAUUAUUUAACAUAAGUCCAACAAAACUUCAUAUCACUGUAAAACAGCAUUGAAGAACUUUCGAUUGUUCUGAAAGAUAAUGUCUAAUCUAUUCGAAAAAAGGUAGCUAAAAUACCAUAAAUAAUUAUAUUUGACCUUAGUAAGUAUUUAGAAUGUAGUAUUUCGCUCUUAUCGCGCUGUUAAAGUGUUUAAAACGGACGAUAUAUUCUACAAGUUCUAUUACUUGGUAACUCCAUUACUAUUGGGCAUCAAUUGUACUAAACAACUAUUACGAGUACUUUGCAAUAACCCGGGUUGUUUAGAAAAAAAAAUUUACAAUGUAUAACUAAUUCAAAUCGGGGUUUAUCAUUUACAAAAAUCUUCUCGGGUUUUCUCUAUUUCCUAAGUUCUUGUGUAAUAUUGUGUAAUUUUUUUUUGGAGAUUGUAGCUUUUACGUCCGUGGAUUAUAUGAUUUUUCGCUCUAUACACUGUAGCAAUUAGAUGCUGGACGUUACGCGGAACACAACCAGGCCAUUUCUAGGCCUACAGAUUUUUAUUUGUUGUUACAUUUUUAAAAAUAUCCUACCAGAGUUCGUAAUGAUUUAGUUGAUCGCAAGUCACUCCUCAGAUUUAGGUCGGUGGAAAAAUCCGAAACGAACAAAUUAAUAGUUAAAAUGCGUAAUGUCGUUGCUGCGUUUUUCUUAAAUGGCUGAAAUCCACGUACCAGUAAAACUGGCAUUAAAAGUGAUGUACAGGGCACAAGCCACAGAGCGCAUACUACGCUAUAUUAGUGGCAAAAUUCGUGACGUUUCAUAAAUUUCUUACAAAAUCGUUGAACACAUUUGAGAGAUCGGGCAAUAUACAAAAAUAAUAACUAAAACUGUUAGUAAUAAGUUCAAAUUGAAUUACAAAUGAUUUAACGUUGGCGGAUUUUGCUACUGUUUGUAUAAAUAUUUUUAAUAUAAAUAUUUGUACAGAUGGAGAAUAGAAAAUUCUUGAAGAAAAAAAUCGAAUGAUAGAGAGUAAAGUUUAAAUAGUAUACAUAUAUAAUAUGUAUACAUGUAUUUAAUUAUACCACACUGCUGUAAAUGGUUGUAGUUAUGUAAUAACUAUUCUGUAUAUCGAGUUAUAUUUAAUAUGAUUAUUAUUUAUUAGUAAAUAAGUAACUUAUUGCCUUGCAUUCCACAAACAGAACACGUAUGCUAAACUAAAAUUUAGGUGCGCACGUUAAUGGUGCUGUUGUAAAAUACGAGGUGGGUUAAAUUUGUGAAACAAAAUAACUUAUUCUAUUUCGAAACAUUGAACAGUUCAACUUUAUUUUGUCUCACUCAAUGAUAAUUUAUUACAUUUACAUUUGUUUUCUCUUAUCUCUCUUAAGUCGCAAUAUUACGCCUUUUUACCAAAGCAUCAUUGACAUAACAAUAAUAAUGUCAGGCACUUAUGCAUUCGUUAUAAUUUUGUGAACGUUGAACAAAGGGUGCCUAAAAUCUUAGUUUAAAUGAAUUACCGAAUUAUAAUUGAAUAUUUGUCGACAGCAACUUAGUAAUGAAAAGUGCCUAUUGAAAAAAAUGUUGUGUAGUGAAUUAUUAGAAGAAAUGUUGACUUAAAAAAAAUCCAAUUACUCAAUUUCUGCAUACUAAAGUCUAUCUUUGUACGCAAAAAAAAAAUUAUUUCGUUCAUCAAUUCGAACAUUCGAUUAAAAUUUAAACGUACCUGAUUCCAGCAGUCAAAGAUAAUACAUUCGAACAAUGGCGUGUGUUGUGAUAGCAGUUUGAGAUAUUAAAAUACAACGGAGUUAGAUAAAAAUUCUGUGACUGCAAAAUGCCUUAUUCUGUGAUGGAGAAGUUUUAAUGAACGGCGUGAGAUGAUAAAAUUCUGUAAUGAAGACUAGAGAAAUUUUUUUUUACCGUGACUCGGCUUUUGGAUCCCCUGGUCACCGUAAUGAUAAUAGGUAAUAUGCGUAUAAUAGACACCACAAAAAUAUGAUGGAUGCAUUUUCAUGUAAUUUAAAGAUUAUUAUUGGCAUAUAUUGCCACUUAUUUAUACAUACAUACGUUAUAAAAAAAAUAAAUAAAUAAAUUAUAUUUGAUGUAAGGAUGAAGUAACAAUCUGUUGAUGUUACUACGGUGUAAUGGGUACAAGAUAAAUACAUAAGUGAUUAUGUAUAUAAUAUAUAUACAUAGAUGAAUAUUUAAGAAAUAUACACACAUGUAGAUAUAUCUAUAUACGAAUUUAUUUUAUUAUUUGAAAAAAAUGUUGACUUUCUGAAAUUUCACGGAUAAACCUAUACAACGAGUAAUCACAUGUACCGGACGUAAUAUUUUUAACAUGAAUCCUUGGCAUGUGAUCAAAAUAUCUUGUUCCGUAAAAAUAGAUGGAUACUAUAAUAUGCUGUAAAAAAAACAAAAAAAGGAAAUCCAGCCAAAAAAUCAAAUUCGUAAAUUGUUUUGUAAUUUUAGUUAUACGAUUUUAUUUAUCAUUGAUACAGAGCGUUUAUAUUACAAUAUUUAUUAAAACUAUCAAAUAAAUAGUGAGUUUCAUGAGUAUAGGUACUCUAAUCAGCGAGAGACGCUUACUGCUCUAGAUAUUCCCAUCUUAAAGCGCGUCGUCGACGACGCAACUCCGUGUAUAUAAUAUUACAUACAUAUUACUAAUUAUCGUUAGUACGACAAUCGUCAAAUACUUUUCAAAGCGAAUCUUUUUCGGAUUUGUUUGUACGCGGUACUUGUACAACUAAUACGAUAUU